AUGCGCAGAAGCAUCUUUUCCUGGCGCGCAACCGAGCGCGUCAUCGUCGUCGCCUCUCUCGCCCUCAUCGUGCUCAACGGCGCGCUCAAAUUCGCCGCGCUCGCGUUUCUACGGCACCUCGAAGCACAAGAAACAUACAUGCACCCGGAGACCGGCUGGUCUGUCCCCGCCGCCGCGCACGAAGUCGCGCUCGAGACCGGCGGCUGGGCGCGCUACACCCUCGACGCCCCGGAGCCUUGGGAGCCGCUCUUCCCCGGCGGCGGCGUCGUGCACCUCGGGCCGUCGCGCGCGCCGUACACGGUCGCGAUGAUGCACCAGUUCCGGUGCAUGGACGCGCUCCGGCACGAGUUCACGCGGCCGCGCGCGGAGCGCGACUGGGCGCACGCGCAGCACUGCCUGAACUACCUCCGGCAGGCGGCGCGCUGCCGCGGGGACACGCAGCUGGACGCGUACCAGUACGCGCACAAGAUCGGGGCCGUGGACAAGCGGCCGGUGCGGAGGUGUCGGGACUGGCGGGCGGUGUAUGAGCAGGUGGAGCAGAGCCAGAGGGAGUACGCGGACUGGGUGGAGGAGCACGACCGUGCGAGGAAGGAGGGAGAGGUGCGGGUGCCGUAG